AUGCCGCUAGAACGUUGCUCUCCGAGCAGCUCGAGUGAUGUGAUGAUGUUCGACGACGAAGACAGCACAAGACCCGACCAACCGUGGUCAAGCAGGCUCCUGUGGAAGAGCUCCAGCACUAGCCUGUCCGGCUUCUCCUCCGAGAAGCGCCCCCGUCGGACGGUGUCCCUCUGUUUCUUCGCAGUCUCCCUCAUCUGCUUCUGCUGCGUGGCGCUGGCGCUGGGCCUCGGCCUGGGGCUCGGCUGGCCGCGCUACAAGACCAUCGACGCGGCGGCGGCGGCGCCCUUCAACUACAGCAGCUACUAUAGGAUCCCGGCGCAGCUCGACGUCGUGCCCAUCGACCGGCUCGUCAACGCGCGCGAGCUGGACCUCGACAUGGGGUUCAACCGCGGCAGCCCCGGAAUGCCGCGGGUGGUCCGCGAGUACGUCUUCAACGUCUCGCAGGCGCACGCCGCGCCCGACGGGUUCCAGAAGCCCAUGAUCCUGGUCAACGGGCAGUCGCCGGGCCCGCUGAUCGAGGCGAAUAUCGGGGAUACGGUUCGCGUGCACGUCUAUAAUCACAUGGGCAACUGGAGCACGGCGAUCCACUGGCAUGGUAUUGAUCAGAGGCGCUCGACGUGGAUGGACGGCGUGGCGGGCGUCACGCAGUGCGGGAUACCGCCGGGCCGGAAUUUCACGUAUGAUUUUGUUGUCGAUGGGCAGCGGGGGACGUAUUGGUGGCAUGCGCAUCUGUCGGUGCAGUAUAGCGAUGGCAUGUACGGGCCGAUUGUGAUUCACGAUCCGAAGGAGAUGGUGCCCGAGACGGACGACGAGAAGGUAAUAUUCGUCAGCGACGUCUAUCACACCUACGGUUCCGUCCUCCUAGCCAGCUACCUCAACCCAACCUCCAAAUGGGUGCCCUUCGAGUCGGGCGUCGAGCCGCUCCCCGACAACAUCCUGCUCAACGGGCAAUCGACCUACGACUGCGCCAUAAACUCGACAACCUACCCACCACCGGCAGACCAGCCCCUCCCCAGCAACUGCACGGGUGGGCGCCCCUACACGACACGCGUGCGCUCCGGCCAGCGCGUGCGCCUGCGUCUCAUCAACGCGUCCUCGUUUCUGAGCUACUGGUUCAGCGUCGACAACCACACACUGGAGAUCGUCGAGCUCGACGGCGUCGAGAUCGAGCCCAUAGACGCGCGAGGCGUAUACCUCAACCUAGGCCAGCGUGCCUCUGUGAUCCUGACAGCCGACCAGCCGCCAGGCAACUACCACAUACGCGCCACCCUCCCACAAUCCUGCUUCCUGCCAUACGCGCCGUACAGCAGCGCCGGGCUGGCAUCGGCGCAGUACGCCGCGCAGGGCAUCCUGUCGUACGACGACAUCAACAACACAAACCCCAUAAUCGGCGUGGCGGGCAACGUGUCGAAUCCGUACGGCGUCGAUAAUAACGCGGUGCGGGGCGAUGUCUGGGAGGGCUGCGACGACAUGCCGUUCGAGAUGUCGCGGCCGAUGCGCGCGAUCCCGGCGUUUGAGGUGGGCGAUGGGAAUAUGCACUAUAUCGAGUAUGCGUUUCGGCAGGCGCAGGAUACGGCCUACGCACCCCUCCCCAACAACGCGACGCUAUGGAAGGCCGUAGACCAGCACUUCGUGGCCAGCGAGGCCAACUCGUACAACAGCUGGGACUUUGGGCUCAACCAGCAGGUCCUGCUCGUGCCGGACGCGGACAAGGGCGCGCAGAUCGUGAUCAACUCGCGGGAUGCGAUGGAGCACCCUUGGCACUUGCACUCACUCGUCAUCCUCUCACCCCACCUCACCUCACCCAAGAGGAGAGAGGCAUACAGCCACACCUUCCAGAUCGUCGGCUGGGGCAAGGGCUACUACGGCGCAACCAGCAACUCCACGACGUGGAACCUCGCCAACCCGAUGCGCCGCGACACGGUCACGGUGCCGGCCUUCAACCAUGUGGUCAUCCGCUUCGAGGCCGACAACCCGGGCCUGUGGGCGCUGCACUGCCACGUCGCGUGGCACAUGGAAGGCGGCAUGUUCGUAUCCAUAGCCGAGCGGCCCGGUGAUUUGGUCGAGCUGGUCACGAACAUGGAUCCGGCCACGCGGGUGCUGAGCCAGAGUUUCUGCGGCAUGGGCGAUGGCCGGGACAUUGGUACUGAAUCUGGUUAUGAUGGGCCGGCGUGA